GACGCGUCGUCAGAAGAAGCCGCCGGCGCCGGAGCGAGUCAGAGCGGGCCGAUGGCUGCGAGCGUCCAACCGCAUUAGAAUCUGUUUAAAUUCUACUGCUAAGUGAGUGGAGUGGUGCUAUGUCUUCGGGAAUGACUGGACAAACGCCGUGCCUAAGCAGACGCUGGGAUCAACCAGCUCAGCCCAAACAGAGUGCUGAUGUGCAGCAGCAGAGGAGUAGUGAAAAUGCAGCCCACCCUGUGUCUUUAUCAGGAGUUGUCAGCAGUGCUGGUUCACAUGGUGCAGUUUCUCAGCCACCAGAUGCAGGUGAAAAGCCUUCAGCCCAGGGAGGUGUGGAAAUGGCUGCUGCUAUGGCAGCUAAAAUAAACGCAAUGUUAAUGGCCAAAGGAAAGCUGUUAACGCCUCCUCCGUUACUCGCAAAGACACCUACAAGUGUGCCUGUGCCCACCAUGACAGAGGAGAUGGUGGUUACGGAGGUUGACAUAAAUGAUGUUCCGCUGAAUAGUAGAGACCUUCUCACGAAAGGCAAAACACAGGAGGAGAUCCGACAGUUCAGUGGCGCUGUCGUCUCAACGAAAGGUCAUUUUAUGAGUGAAGCCGAAAAGGGAAAUCGAUUAGGACAAAGACCUUUGUAUCUACACGUCCAGGGAAAAAACCAAGAACAGGUCAAUAAAGCUGUGAUGAGGAUAAAGGAGAUCAUCUCUGAGGACGUGAUGAGGAUUUCUGCAGCGUCCGGAGGACAGCAGAUACCCGUCAUGCCACCGCUCACACUCUACCCUCAGCCUCCUCGGCCCGUCAUCCCCCCUCCGGUUCCACGGAUGCCAAACACCACUGCAGUGCCCGGCCAGGGGCACCGGCCUGCAGCUCCUCAUUCAGGGAGUUUCGUGCACACAAAGAUUUUCGUGGGCCUGGAUCAGGCGCUGCCCUCUUUCAACGUGAAUGAAAAGGUCGAGGGUCCGGGAGGUUCAUACCUGGGUCACAUUCAGACAGAGACCGGAGCUCGGGUCUUCCUCAGGGGAAAAGGGUCUGGCUACAUAGAGCAAGCGUCAAAGAGAGAGUCUUUCGAGCCUCUUUACGUCUACAUCAGCCACCCGAACGCAGCUGGACUGGAGUCUGCAAAGAAACUCACAGAGAGUCUACUGGAAACCGUGCGAGCGGAACACGCCCGGAUGGUGUCGACGUACACGGCCACAGGCUCAACACAACCAUACGCAGCACAUGGAUAUCCACCUAAUAGCAAUUACUCUAACCAGGGAUCCUGGUAUAACUACCCAGCGAAUGGGUAUGCUGGCGGCUAUUCAGCGUACCCAGGAGCCGGUGGUUAUUGGAGUAAUGCAAAUGGUCCCCCAAGUCAUUCUAACCUGUCGACAAACCCUCCAUCUUCUCAGGCAAUGGUUCAGUAUCCGGUGUGUCCUAGGAAAUCGCAUUCAUUUCUUGUCCAGGAUCCAAACAGCAGUGAGGCACCGGAGCCCGAGGGACCUUUAACCAACCCCCCUGACUCAGGAAGUCCCACACAUCAGUUCCAGGAAGAGGCAAAGGACAAACAGUCUACCAGCAGGUCUCCAGAGCAUCCUUCUCAGCAGGAGGCCGUCCUUCCUACGUCUGUUGCAGAGGAGAAAAAAGUAGAAAGGUUUCUGAUGCCUCCCCCUCCGCCUCCCUUCGUGGCUCCUGCUCCUGUUGCACGCAAACGGCCGAGAGACGCGGUGACGGAUGACUCUGCGAGCCCGUCCAGCAGCAACGCCCCGCUGGGUGUUCAAGAGGAGGUGUGUGAGAAGAAGGUGAAAGUGAGCGUGGAUGCGUCGGGGCUCGUGCCGUACGGAGGGGAUUCCUCCGACGAGGAGGAGGAGAGGACUCACAGCAGUAAGACCGAUCACUCAUAGCCUCUGUCCCGCCCCGUCCUCCUCAUUGUCCUGGAAAUUCACUCCCCGAGGCGACAUUCACUACAGCGAAACGUUUCUCUAAAAGGAAAAGUCCACUCUUUUGAUAUCACACUUGUUUUUAAAACAGUGCCAGUGUGUCAAUCCGUUUCCUGCUGAAAAUAGUGAAUAAUCACCGUCUGCUCUGCGAUUGAACUUCUGUUUUUUUUUUAAUUGGAUUUCUAUCUGUUCUCGGUUGACUUUAGAAAAUUAAAUUUUCACUUAAUUUACAAGUAUUUGCAAAUACUGCGUGCCAGGUUGACUUUGGACAAAAAUACUGGCAAAGUCUUGGAUUUCGGACAUUCUCGCUCUUUUCAGGUUUCUGAAGCAAAAAGCUUAUUUUCAUGUUCUUUUUUUCUUAAUGUCAUUCAGUUUGUUCUUUGAUUUUUGAAACCCCUGAUACAAGAUGAAAACCCGUUGCUUUUAUUCAGCCGUGAGCGUAUUUAUUUUUCUGUCCGCCUGUACAGCAGAUGUAGAUGCAGGUAUCUGCCCCUUCAGUCUAUUCUUUUACUCUUUUUCGUUUGUAGACGCUGGAUAUUUGGGACAAAGGUUUUCCAAACCUCAGUGCUUUUCUUUUUCCAGUCUUACGGCUGCCUCAAGAGGCCUUUUAUCAUGAUUUGUGAACCUUGUGAAGCACAUCAGCUGCUGCUUCUCGGUGUGGAAGUAUUAAGGAUGGACUUUUCCUUUUUUUUUUUUUUUUUUUCUUUUCAAUGUGGGAAAAAAAUGUAUAAAUAAACUUCAAAUGGGUUUUUGUUUCACCCUUGAA